AUGGAUAGUGAUAAAAAAAAUUUGGAAGAAGAUAUUGGGUGUCCAAAUGAUGAAACAGAAAAUGAUAUAUUACGAAAUAAAAUUGUAAAAAAAAUAGACAAAAAAAAUAAUGAUGAAAAUAAGAAAAAUGAAAAAAAUAAUGAAGAGAUAAAAAAAAAAAUGAGCAUUAUUGAAAUACAUAAAUUUAUUAAUCGACUAAAAAAUACAAAUAUAAAAAGUUUAGAAAAAAAUGAUUUAAUAAAAUUAGAAAAUGAUAUAAAAACACUAAAUAUAAGUAAAUAUUUAAGUGAAAUAAUUAGUUAUAUUUUAAAUUUAAGUUUAUAUAUAAAUAAAUAUUCCGAUCUAUUUAUUCUAUUAAAUAUUUUAAAAUAUAUUUGUCUAAAUUAUAACAAUGUAGAUUAUUUAAUUGAAAAGUUAAUAUUCAUUAAAUUUUUUAAACUUGAUGAAAAAGAUAAAAAUUAUUUUUUUAUUAUUUUUCAUGAUAUAUAUAAUAAUAUAGAUGAACAUAUUUAUACAUAUUAUGAUAAAACAAAUUCUUUAGAAAAUAUUCAAUUUUAUGAAAAUAUAAUUUCUGAUGAAAAACGUAUUUCUGAAAUGGAGACAAAAAUUAAUACAAAAUGUGAAACCUCUGAGUUUUGGAAUUUAGAGAUUCAAGAAAACGAUAAUAAAAAAACUGGGGAUCUCAAAAUAGAACAAAGCUAUGUUUGGACACAAAAAUUAAAUAAAAUUAAAAGUGAGGUUUUUAAAAAAAUGGCAUCAUAUAUUUAUAAAGAAAAUCAUGAAAAUAUUGAAAACCAAACUUUUUUAUUUCAGAAUAAUUUAAUUUUUAGUUCACUAAAUGGAAAACAAAAUUACAACAAUAACAAGAUGGAAUUUGUUUCUUUUCCUAUUCAGGCAAAUUUGGGAAAUGAUAUGAAUAGUAAAAAUAAAAUAUGGUCAAAAAAUAAUUUUGAAAAAAAAAUAUAUAUUCAAGAAAUGCUAAAGGAUUGUAAUAUUUUUAAAAAAAUAGAAAAACAAAAUAAUCUGAGAAAAAUAUUAUUAUGUUUAUACUUUGAAUUGGUGUUACUUAAAAUGUGUAAUAAUAAAGAUAUGCUGAUAUAUAUGUUUAUAAAUAUAACAUUUUAUUCGUCUUUAAAUAUAGAUCCAAAUAUUUCAGGAACGGAAACAGGAAAAGGAUUAAAAAGUUCUUUGUCAAAAUUAGGGCCAUAUCCUUAUAAUAUUGAAAAAAAAAAUAAUGACAAAUUAAAUGAAGCAGAUACAUUAAAUAUGAUUAAAAGAUGUUUGAGUGUUAAUGCAAUAGUUGCAUAUGAUUAUUUUUUUACAAAUACAAUGAGCUUAUUUAGUGAUAUAAAAUAUUUGUCGAAUUCGUGUAAGGAACAUGUGGACAAAGUGGAUGGAAUCGAAGAAAAAAGAGAAAGUGAAGGAAAAAGCGGAAUCGAAAAAGAUGAACCUCGAAACAAGUUUAACUUAGACCAUAUGAAAGACGUAAAAAAAUAUAUAGUAGAAUUUUUUAACAUUUUUUAUAAGUUUGGUAUAUAUAAAAUAUUGAUAUAUUUAUAUGCAGAACAUGUAGAUAACGAAUAUAGAGAUAACAGUAAAAAAUUAACAUCAAAUGAUUAUUUUUUUAAAAUAUAUAACAAAAGUAAAAAAUUUUGUCUUUUUUUUACACACUUAAAUAAAUAUAAUUUAAAUCAAAUUCAAAUAGAAGGUAUACAAUUAUUGGGAGUUGAUAAAAAUAGCUAUAAUUAUAUAAUAAAUUCAGAUUUUAUAAAGAAACAAAAAAAUAAAACACAAACAUUUUUAGAAUUAUCCAACAACUCUUUAAUAACUAAUCAAAAAAAUAACAAUUGUGUAGACAUUGAACAUGAUGAAAUAUGCUAUGAUUGGAAUAAUAAUGAAGAAAAAAAUUUUUAUACAGUUUUUCCAGAAUAUUCUAAUAUUAAUAUAAAUUUAAAUGAUGAUGAAAAUGACGAAGAAAAUAGUAUUAUAGAAGGUGUUGAGAAUAAAAAUUUGAUUGAAAAGGAUGGAGAAAAUAUUUUAAAAAAAAAAAAAAGUAAACAUAAUGAAUUUCUUAAUUAUACUAACAAAAUAAUUAAUAUUAAUAAUGAAAAAGAUCUUGAAAAUAUGGUUAUGAUUUUUUUAUUAAAUUAUAAUACAAAGAAAAAAAGAAAAAUAAUUGCAACAAAAAUUACAUAUUUAAAUAAAAUCACUCUUAAUUUAAUACCAUUCUAUUGUAGAUAUAUAGCUAUUAUAAAUAAAUAUACUAAAGAUAUUUGUUUGAUCAUAAUAGAUGAAUUAAAACGAAUUAUUGAAAAAGAUGUAAAAAACAAAUUACCAUGUCAAAAUAAAAAAAUGAAAUGUAUAAAAUAUAUUUGUGAAUUAGUUAAAUUCAAAUUAUUAGACAUGUCUUAUAUAUUGGAUAUUUUAAAUUUAUUAAUUGAAAAUUUUACACAAGAUCAUGCAGAAUUGUGUUUUUAUAUUUUAGAAAAUUCUGCCAUAUUAUUAGUAAGCAAUUCAAAAACACAUAUACGUUUUUUAUAUAUAUUACAAAAAUUAAAAAAAAUUAAAAAUACAAAAAAUAUAUCAUCGUCAUUAGAAAACAUAUUUGAGGAAUGUUGCAUUAGGGUGAAGAAAUAUUUAACAGAAAAAACAAAAAAAAAUAUGUCUUUUUCAAAUAAAAAUGUAAAUUUUGAUUUAAAUAAAAUUAAUUAUAAAGGGGACAGUAUUUCUAAUAAAUUAACUAAUCAAUAUAAAAAAAAAAAAUAUUUUUUAAAAAAAUUAUUAUUUCAAGAUAUCAAUGCUAAUAAUAAUGAUGAAAAUAUAUAUCUUAUAUCUAAAUAUAUAAGAAAAUUUAAUUGGGAUGAAAAAUUUAUAAGUCAUUUUUUAAAUAAAUAUAUUUAUAAAUAUUUAAAAUAUAUGAGUAUUUAUCAAAUAAAUAAAAUAGCAUCUCUAUUAUAUUACAUAGCUAUUUAUAAGCCUCAGUUUGUAAUACAUAUUAUUGAUAAUUUAAAUGAAAAAAUUAUAAAAAGUUUUGAAGAAAAUGAUUUUAAAAAUUUUGCAUAUCUUAUACAAUAUGCUCACUUAUUUUCGGGGUUAUAUAUUUAUAAAAUAUUAAACUCAUCAAAUGUUUUUGAUAUGUUAUAUUUUUUACUUUCAUUUUCAGAUGCUAGUAUGUCGAACGCUUCAAAUAUUUUUGAGAUGUAUAAACUGUUUUCUCAAAACUUAAAAUUUAUUAAAAUGUUUAAAAAUAAAAUAUUACCAAAAAAUAUUUUAAUACCAAAUGAAGAAAAUAGAAAAAUAAAUUUCCAAACUGUUUGUGAUUUGUCUAACAUGCCACUUAAAAGUGGCGAAAAUAAAAGGGAAUUGUUUUAUUAUGAUGGUGAUAUAGAAAAUUUUUCUAAAUUUUUGUUUAUAAAUAAUAAGAACCCGAUUUUAAAUAAUAUGUUAAAUGAUCAAGACAAUAACAGUUUUAUUAAUAUUAGAAUGAUAUGUAUAAUUAUAGAAAACUGUUUUAAAUAUUUUAAUAACAUUCCGUUGUUAAAAUUCAAAUUAAAUAUAUUUUUUUUAUUUUUUAUUCGGUUUUUAUUAAUAUUUGAAUCAUUGCCCAUAUAUAUUAAGAUUACCAUAGAUAAUAUACUAAAGCAAGGUGGUUUGAGUAUGUCUUAUUUUAAAACAAUAAAAGAUGUUGAUAAAAUAUUGUUUGUAAUUUUAAAUUAUGAAUAUAAAAUAUUUCAAAAUGAGAUAAAAGAAUAUGACAAAAAUAAUGACGAACUCCUCUUCUUCGAUUCUGAUUUAAAUUUUAAAUUUGAAAAUGAUGAAAAUAAAGAUAACAAAAAAUUAGUUAGCAAUACUUCGACAAAAUAUAUAAAAGAUAUAAGACAAAAUAAGAUAGGCAAUAAAUCGGAUUUAAAUGAAAAAAAUACAAGUAGCAGUUUUUCAGAAUAUAACCAAAUUGAAAUCAAUGAAAUGGAUAACGAAAUUAACCAAAUCAUAAAGGAAUCCAUAGAUGAAAAUAGAUUAACAAAAAAUAAGACACAGACAUCAGUGAAUUACAAAAAAAAGUUUUAUUUACAAUCUUUUAUUAAGAAAGGAAUCGUUAAAUUGUGUUGA